AUGGACAGCCUCCAGGACGCAGUCCCCCCGGGCCGAGGGGGCCGCUGCCCUAUCCUCUGCAGGCUGGUCCCCAUCGGCUUUGGGGCCGAGGCGUGGAUGCUCCUUGUCCUUUCUGGACCCCUGUUCCUCUUCCAGCUGCUCACCUUCAUGAUCUACAUCGUGAGCUCUGUGUUCUGCGGGCACCUGGGCAAGGCGGAGCUGGCGUCAGUGACCCUCUCGGUGGCCUUUAUCAAUGUCUGCGGGGUUUCCGUAGGAUUCGGCUUGUCCACGGCGUGUGACACCUUAAUGUCCCAGAGCUUUGGCAGCCCCAACAAGAAGCACGUGGGGGUCAUCCUGCAGAGGGGCACGCUGCUGCUGCUUCUCUGCUGCUUCCCCUGCUGGGCGCUCUUCCUCAACACCCAGCAGAUCCUGCUGCUCUUGGGGCAGGACCCGGUGGUGUCCAGGCUGACCCACGAGUAUGUGCUGAUUUUCAUCCCAGCACUUCCGGUGACUUUUCUUUAUGGCCUGCUGGCAAAAUAUUUGCAAAAUCAGCGAGGAGCUGUGUGUCCCCAGCCUCUCUCCAACCCCCAGCCGUGCCUGGGCUUAUCCACAUCCCCUCGGUCCUGCCCGCCCCUUAGCAAGGCCAGUUUUCAUUUGUUUCAGGGGAUCAUCUGGCCCCAAGUCCUCAGUGGUGUUGUGGGCAACUGUGUCAACUGCUUGGCCAACUACAUCCUGGUUUCCCUGCUGAGCCUGGGCAUCAGGGGCUCUGCUUACGCCAACACCAUCUCCCAGUUCGUGCAGACCACCUUCCUCUUUCUCUACAUUGUGCUGAAGAAGCUGCACCUGGAGACGUGGGCAGGCUGGUCCAGCCAGUGCCUGCAGGACUGGGGCCCCUUCCUCUCUCUUGCCAUCCCCAGCAUGCUCAUGAUAUGUACUGAGUGGUGGACCUACGAGAUUGGGAGCUUCCUCAUGGGCCUGCUCAGCGUGCUGGACCUCUCUGCCCAGGCCGUGAUCUACGAGGUGGCCACUGUAGUCUACAUGAUUCCCAUGGGACUUGGCAUGGCAGUCUGUGUCCGAGUGGGGACGGCCCUGGGAGCUGCAGAUACUGUGCAAGCUAAGCGAUCGGCCAUCUCAGGUGUUCUCUGCACAGUUGGCACCUGGCUGGUUGUGGGCACCCUGUUGAGCAUCGUGAAAAAUAAAUUGGGGCGUAUUUUUACCAAUGAUGAAGAAGUCAUUGCCCUGGUGAACGAGGUCUUGCCGAUUUAUAUCAUCUUUCAUCUAUUUGAGGCCAUCUGUUGUGCCUAUGGUGGAGUCCUGAGAGGAACCGGCAAGCAGGCCUUCGGAGCCAUUGUGAACGCGAUCAUGAAUUACGUUGUCGGCCUCCCGCUGGGCAUCAUUCUGACCUUUGUGGUCAGAAUGAGAAUCAUGGGCCUCUGGCUGGGCAUGCUGGCCUGUGUCCUCCUGACAGCUGCUGCCUUGGUCAUCUAUACUGCCCGGAUGGACUGGAAGCUGGCUGCAGAGGAGGCUCAAAAACACGCCGGGGUGCAGCAGCAGCAGAGCGCUGAGAGCACGGAGAACGCUGCGGGCACGGCCCCCAGACUUGGGCCUGAGGAAGCUGUUGUAUCUUCAGUGGCUACGGGCAGCUCCCCUGGCAUUACCCUGACAACGUACUCAAGGCCUGGGUGCCAUUUAGACCUCUUCAGGACUCCAGAAGCAGCUCAUACCCUUUCAGCUCCUGCGAGCAGCCUGUCAGUGAAACAGCUGGCCAUUCGCCGUGGGGCUGCUCUGGGGGCAGUGUCAGCCACACUGACAGCGGGGCUCAUCAUCAGCGUCCUCACCACCAGGCACUAGCAAAGCACCUUGGAGACAGAAAGGAAGCCAAGAGUGGCCAUCCCACCACACACCCACACACGGGCCCACCCUACAGAAGCACCAAUGGGAUCCAGUGCAGGUGGACACUUUGGAUCACUCCUCACAAAAAGGCCUUCGGCCAGUACUCCGUGUGACAUGAGGGGUCUGAAUUGUGCAGACUGACAGUUCUGGCACGGUCACAUUGGCUUUCUCUUCUUUGACCUGGACUGCUCUUUAGAAGACAUCAGCCGACUGGGAGAGUGAGAAUCCUGGGAUCGCUACUAUUAUUCAAUAAUGUAAAUGGCUUCAAACUGGAGAUUUCAAACCAAAACAAAACAGCAAAACCACUGUCACAU